CGCGCCGUGGUGCGCGGUUGUGUUUUCUCUGACCCCUCGAAGCGUGCGGACGUGCGUGUCGUCGUUCCGGCAAAAACUACAUCCGCUACCCGCACGCUCGCUUCUUUCUGCUGGCACCCUGAACUCUGAAACAUUCAAACGGUACGGUACCAACAUAAGAACGGCUCUGUGUGUGCAUUUAGUGUUACUUCUUCAGAUUGCAUUAGCUCAAAAGAAUUGACCGUUUAUCUUGUGCCAUCCAUCGGCAUACAAACGUGUGCCCGCGUGUAAGUGUUGCAAAGCAGUCACAAGAAAGUGCAGCGUUUGAAAAGGAGGAAAACCAAAAAUCAAAACCAAAGAGAGUGAAGACACCAGUAACAGGGGUGGGGCUAGGGAAACGGGGUAGAAAAAGGAAGUUCUGCGUCAACCGCACCCUUCAGUUACGGCAGAAACGGAGAAGGAAGGAUGACCCGCACUACACCCGCCCAUUGCAGCCGCCGUAGGUGACAUUCUUUGCACACAUUUUUCGCAUUGUCUCUCGAGCGAACGCUUCGCGCAUUUAUGCUAGCGCGCCCGGGCUGUUUUGUGUUGCGGCCGUCUUCCACAGUACCCGAAUCCGGGGUUGGGAGGAAGCGAAACGGAACGCGCGUGCAGUUGCGACAGCGGAAGUUUGCCGUUUGAUAAGAAAAGCGAAGAAAAUGUUGAAUCUGUAGGCGCAAAGCAGGCAGGCGCACGGCCCGUUUCGUAGCAACGCACAAAGUGCCAAAGUAACGCAACAUACGGCGAACCAGAUGAAUUUUACAGUGGUGAAAAUUCAACGCUAGAGUGUGUGUGUGUGUUUCUGUGUGACAGUGAGUGCGUGUGUGUGUGUUAUAUGAGCAGUUUGGUGUGAAAAUUUGCUCGUCCUUUUGGGCAAGUGCAAACAAGGAAAAUUCGCCUCUGUGUUCCGACCCGUGCAGAUGUAGGGCAGGGCACAUUGGGCUCGGGCACCAUCGUUUUAUGCUCCUUGAGGGUGUUUGUGUGUGUGGUGUAAGUGUUUGUGUGUGUGUGUGUGUGUGCUCCGCUGCCACCCAAAAUGUGUGUCCCUGCUGUGUGUGCGCGUCAGUGUGCCGUUGCUGCGGUGCGUGCCCGAUAGUGAAGGGGCGAGGGCGACGAGCGCGACGGUUGUGUGUGGUGAGCAGUGGGCAGGGUUUCGUGUGCGCACCCCUGCACGGGUGCUGGCUCGCGUCCAGGAUCGGGGCGGCGGGUACCAACCUCCCAACCACCGUGUGCCAGACAUCCUUGUCCAUCCUUGUAGGCAAAACAGAAAAGCUCACCAAUACACAGGGAGCGUGGAAAUCUGUCGCUGACGCACACAGGGCCCUAGUUCGCGUGUGUGUGUGUGUUUGUGCAUCGAACAUCUCUUUCGUAUUAUCCGAUUGAAAGAAAAACAAUAGGCGCAUCGUUUCGUUUGGCGACAGUUGCUCACUAGCCAGACGGCAGCAACACAGCGUCCCACCAUCCCCUUGGGAAAAUCUGUUCCACACCCAACGUUUCUUCCCGUGUCGCUGCAAUACACACGCAUAAAAACAUGGCCGUUCCAGUGUUUCUUGAAGGCCGCAUCGGUUCCACACCGGACAAGGGCGUCCCCGAUAUGACCUGCAUAUCGGACAUUGACGAGAAUGGCAUCAACCGCAACCUGAAAGUGCGCUACGAGCGAGACCAAAUUUACACGUACACCGGUUCGAUACUGAUUGCCGUCAACCCGUACAAAGAGAUCGACUGCUACACGCAGGAAUAUGUCGCCAAAUACCACGGCCAGAAGCUGGGCCUGCUGGAACCGCACGUGUUCGCCAUGGCUGAGGCCGCCUAUCGCAACAUCCGCGACAACAACACGAACCAAUCGUGCGUCAUAUCGGGCGAGUCGGGCGCCGGCAAGACGGAAACGACCAAAUUCAUCCUGCAGUACCUCUGCUCGGUGACGUGCGAUGUGUCGACCUGGGUGCAGCAGCAGAUCCUCGAGGCCAACACCAUCCUGGAGGCGUUCGGCAAUGCGAAAACGAUCCGCAACGACAACAGCUCCCGGUUCGGCAAGUUCAUGCAGGUGUGCUUCGACGCGAAAUGGUGCAUCAAGGGCUGCAUCAUCCAGGACUAUCUGCUCGAGCAGUCGCGCAUCACCUUCCAGAGCCCGGGCGAGCGGAACUACCACGUGCUGUACCAGCUCGUGGCGGAGGGCAAAACGAACGGCGAGCUGGCGGCGGCCCUCCAUCUACGGGACGCCUCGUUCUACCGCUAUCUGAACGCUUCGGGCGGUACCGGUGAGGCGGGCACCGAUCAGUCGGCCCUCGAGAUUGCCACCGAGUCGAAGCGGUUCGAGGCGCUGCGGCUAGCGUUCAACGUGCUGCAGAUCUCGCAGCCCCUGAUCGACGGCAUCUUUCGCGUGCUGAGUGCCAUAAUGUGGUUGGGCAAUCUGGACUUUGCCGACGUGGACGGCGAGCGGUGCGAGCUGGCACCGGGCGACGGCGAGAUAGUGGCGAUCGUGGCCCAGCUGCUCGGGCUGCAGGAGGCGGACCUGGUGCAGGUGCUGCUCAAGCGGCAGAUCAACGUGCGCGGCAACAUCACCGAGAUACCGCUGAAGCUGCAGGAGGCGGGCGAGAACCGGCACGCGAUGGCGAAGGCGCUGUACUCGCGCACCUUCGCCUGGCUGAUCAGCCACAUCAACACGUGCAUCAACCCGGGCCAGGAUGCGUCCCGGUUUUUGGGCGUGCUGGACAUCUUCGGGUUCGAGAACUUCAACACCAACUCGUUCGAGCAGCUGUGCAUCAACUACACGAACGAGAAGCUGCACAAGUUCUUCAACCACUACGUGUUUGCGCUCGAGCAGGAGAUUUACCGCCAAGAGGAAAUCAAGUUCUCCCACAUCCAGUUCACCGACAACACGCUCUGUCUGGAGCUGAUCGAGAAGCCGCCGCGCUGCAUCCUGAAGCUGCUGACGGAACAGUGCCAUAUGCCAAAGGGGUCCGACACGGCGUACCUCACCAACCUGCACGGCGAGUUCGAGUCGCAUGGCAGCUACGUCAAGGGGCAGGAUCGGCGCCACUGGGAGUCGGAGUUUGGCAUCCGGCACUAUGCGGGCUGCGUAAGCUACACCGUGAAGGGAUUCGUCGACAAGAACCGGGACGUGCAGCAGGACGUGCUGUUCGACCAUAUGAGUCGCAGCACGAACACGUUCGUGCAGGAGAUCGCCUCCUUCCAGGAUCUGCUCUCCAUCCAGCACGUCCAGUCGGCAUCGUCCACCACCAGCACGGUAUCGCGCGGCACGUCCAAGGGCAAGCUGACCGUCAGUGACACCUUCCGCCAGCAGCUGCAGGCCCUGGUCGAUGUGCUGCAGAGCACGAACCCGUGGUACGUGCGGUGCAUCAAGCCGAACGCGGCCAAGCUGCCGAACGACUACGACGACCGGCUGGUGCUGGAUCAGCUGCGCUAUCUCGGCAUGCUCGACAUCAUCCGCAUACGGCGCGAGGGCUUCCCGGUGCACCUGACGUUUGACGAUUUCGUGCAGAAGUACCAGUGCCUCACGAAGCGCUUCCGCAACAUGUCCAGCCAGGACCAGGCGCUGGCCGUAAUACGCGAGCUGAACGUGCCGACCACCGAGUGGCAGCUCGGGCGCACCAAGGUCUUCCUGCGCAGCGUGGUGCACGAGCCGCUCGAGGACGCCCGCAAGCAGGUGAUCAACGCGAAGGCACUGAUCAUACAGCGCAACUGGAAGCGGUUCAGCCAGCAGCGCCAGUACGGACGGACCCGGUCGGCCGCCCUCAAGAUACAGCACGCGUACAAGGGGUGGAAGCUGCGCAUCGAGUUCCUGAAGAAGCGGCGCGCCGCCAUCGUCAUCCAGAGCCACCUGCGGGGCGUGUUUGCGCGCGAGGUCGCGACGGCCCUGCGCGAGAUGCGGCGCGUCGACGAGGAGAUGCGCAAGCGCGAACGGCUCGAGGCGGAGCGGCGCGAGCGGGAAGCGGCCCAGGCGGAAGCGGACCGGAAGGCGCUGGAGGAAAGCGAAAGGGUUGCCAAAGAAGAGAUACUCGCUCUGUCGCAAAUGGCCGAGCAGAUAAACUCGAAACUGCACUCACAGCAACAGCAUGCCGCAAACAAUAACAGCCGCCUGCUGGCCGCGCAGGCCGCACAGAACGGUGCCGCCGCUGGGGGCGAUGGCAAGGGCGCUGGGCCGCCGCCAGCCGGUGGCGCACGGGGGGCCGGUUCGGCCAGCCUGCAGAGCAACGACUCGGUUGAUCUGGACAAUCUGUUUGCCUUCCUCAGCGAGGUGCAGCCGAACGCGAACUCGAACGCCAUCAUUGACGAGAUCGGCGAGAAGAUGGACAACCUGGUGGAGGACCUCGACGUCGAGCUGGAGUCGGUGAUCCAGCAGGAGAUCGAGGGAUUGACCAGCGAGCGGAACAAUAACGUCGCGACGGUGAAGAGUGCGGCGGGCCCGCUGGCAAAUGGUACCGGUGCCAACAAUGCGAUUAGCAGCAACAACAACAACAAUAACAGCAUUAACAACAACAAGCCAACCACUCCGAAGCCGCUGGGCGGCAUCCCAUCACUUCCCGAGCCGACGAUGCCGCCACCGCCGCCACCGAUCGAAAACAACAACCACACGCUGCCGGUCGCACAGUCGCACCAUCCGGCCACGCUGCACCACAUCCGUCGCCACGAGGAACCGAUCUACGAGGCCGUCAUUCAUCUGAAGGAGCUUCCACCGCCGCCGCUGGACGGGCACGAAAAGGUUCCACCAAUACCGCAGCACCAGUCGCAGCAGCUGGCAGCGGCCAUGCCACCGCCGCCUCCACCGGUACACGCCCAUCAGCAACCGGUACCGCCGCCACAUGCAGCACACGUGGCGCCCGCUCCACCGCAUCACGCUGGUCCGGUAGCGCAGCCGGCAGCGGCGCAUGCGGCCCACAGCGAAGCACCGCCGCAGCCGCCGCCCCACGCACACGCCGCACCCAGCCACGCGUACGUGCAUCUCGAGAACGGAACGGGCCACAAGCUGCGCCCCAAGAGCCCGGCCGUCAUACGCUCCGCUAGCCCGAUACAGCGCACCGGCACCAAUGGGCCAAUGAGCCCCUCGUCGCCCAAGCACAGCCGGCCAAGCUCGCGUGCCUCCUCGACCGGCGGGGGCCAUCCGUUCGCGGAGCGCGAGCAGCGCCGCAAGUACCGCGUGGAGAAGAAGCUGCAGGAGAUGCAGCAGCUGGACAUUACCGAGCGGGAGAAGGAGCUGCUGCGGGACGACGUCUACUACGACAUACUGGAGUUUGCUGAAAGCUACUACAACACGCACGAACGGUCGCCGGAGGGCACGAUCAUGGCGACGCUCACGCGCAAGGGCCGCAAAUCGGUCGACAUGGUGCCGAAGUACGAGAUGAUCACGUACUACCGCGGGACGACCAUCCCGUCCUCCCACAUCCACAUGUACGAUCCGGAGAACGUGACGAUUGCGUGCAACAUCUUCCGCGACCUGUGCAAGUACAUCCGCGGCGAGCUGAACAGCGAGCGGGAGCUGCAGGUCAUCCAGUUCAUCAUCGGGCAGGGCAUCGAGCGGGAGGAGCUGCGGGACGAGAUCUUCGUGCAGUGCAUGCGGCAGGCCACCAACAACCCGAGCGUCGACUGGACCGACCGUGUCUGGCUGCUGCUCUGCCUGACGAUCGUCGCCUUCCAGCCGAGCAAGCUGCUGUUCCGGUACUUUGUGAGCUUCCUGAAGAAGAACCUCGAAUCGCUCGAGGGCAAGCUGCGCCAGUACGUCCAGUGGUGUCUGGACAACUGCAAAAACACCAAGGUCCGGUGCCGCCAGUAUCCCCCGUCGAGUGUGGAAGUGGCCGCUAUGCGACGGCUCGGUACGAUCGUGUGUCGAUUCUUCUUCCUGGACGGGCGCACCAAAGCGAUCGAUGUGCACCCGACCGAUACGGCGAGCGACGCGGUCGCCAAACUGGCGGAAAAGCUCGGCCUGGGCAACAUCGAAGGCUGGGCCAUCUAUCAGUCCCGCCCGGACGGCGAAGAGCACGUCAAAUCGCACGACUAUCUGUACGACAUUAUCGCGGCCUGGGAAGCCAAGCAGACGAAGAUUCACGCAUCCAGCUCGACGUUGCGCAAGAACGCAACGACGCUCGGUUCGGGCGAGAACCGGUUCGUGUUUAAGAAGCGGCUGUUCAAGAGCACCCGGGAGCUCUCGCAGGAUCCGGUCGAGGUGAACAUGCUGUACGCGCAAGCCGUUUACAGUGUCGUGAAGUGCGACGAUUUCCCUGUCUCGGAGAAGGUUGCACUUCAGCUGGCGGGCCUGCAAGCGCAGGUUGCGCUCGGCGACCCAUCGAACCAGCCGAAGCCGGAGUACUACUCGGACGUGCCGAGCUAUCUGCCGGAGCGCAUCUCGAAAACCCGCGAAGAACAGUUCUGGGUGCCGAUACUGGCCCAAGCUCAUCGACAGUACGGUUCAGGGCGCACGGAGCUAACGGCAAAGGUGCUGUACCUGUCGUGUGUCAUGCAGUACCCACUGUACGGCACGACGAUGUUCGCCGUGUCCUACCGUGGCUAUUGGAGCUAUGGCAACAGUCUCAUACUCGGCGUGAACUGCGAGGGUAUCAUCCUGAUCAAGCCGGACGACAAGUUCGUGCUGUACGAGUUCCGGUACGCCGAGGUGGAGUCGAUCAUGCUCGAUCCGAGCGACAGCUUCAUCACGAUCAGCCUGAACCGGCACACCAGCACCGGCAGCGCCGAUCAGCAGCGGUGCUUCGUGUUCGAGACGGCGCAGAAGAACGAGAUCGGCUCGCUGAUCGUGUCCUACUAUCCCGCCCUUUCGAACUGGAUCACCGAGAACGAGGUGCCGCCGAAGAAGAGCAAGGGCAUCACGAACGAGGACCGGGUCCGGCUGCACCACAACCUGGUCGUCUGCCGGCGCCACCUGGUCGAUACGGAGCUGCUGCGCAAACCGCAGGACCCGAGCGGUGGCUUCCUGCGCAACACGCUCCGCCGGCUGUCGAAGCAUCGGCUUGAGAAGCUGCGGGCCGAGCACGGCAGCCCGGUUCACGACCACGGCGAAACGUACAAGGGCUUCCCGCACGCGUACUGGGCGUUCAGCCGCCAGGCACUGCCCCAGAGCCUCAGCAAGCUGCCCGACCAGGAGGAGCAGGCAAUGCUGCAGGUGUUCAACUCGAUUCUCACAUACGCCGGCCUCGGACAGAAUGGCGAAACAGUUCAGCGCGCAGAGGACGAACACAUUACGCUCAUACAGUCGAUCAUGGAUCGCUGCAUGCGCAAGGAGUCACUGCUGAACGAACUGUAUCUGCAGCUGAUCAAGCAAACGACCGACCAUCCCGAUCCCAACUCGCGCGUCAACCUGCGCCACUGGGCGCUGCUCUCCCUUGCCUGUAGCGUCAUACUGCCACCGCAGAAGGUGGUGCGCAAGUAUCUGCUAGGCCAUCUGAAACGUUGCGCUAGCGAUUUCAUCACCGAGGAGGGCAAGUAUGCACGCUUUGCCGAGAAAUGUUUCUUCAAAACGCAGGGCACCCGGCGUCGGCAGUGGCCACCGUCGCGCGAGGAAAUCAUCUGCACGAUCAACCGGCGGCCGAUCUACGCGCGUUUCCACUUCAUGGACGGGCAGUACCAUUCGGUCGAGUUCCACCCAAGCUCGACCUCUCGAGAGGUGAUGGAAAUCGUGAAGAAGAAGAUCGGACUGCAGGAAAAUGCACUCGGUUACGCUAUCUACGAAGUGCUGGGCGCAUCGGAACGCAGCUUGCUGCCGGACGAGAAGGUUGCUGACGUGAUGUCCAAGUGGGAAAAGUACCGCACGGCGGCCGCCCAGGCGGUGCAGCAAAAUCAGAGCUCCAACUUACCGCCCGCCUGCCGCCGGCAGCACCAUCUGUUUCUGUUCAAGAAGCAUCUGUUCUGCGACCAGUACAUGAACCUGGACGAUCCCGUCGAAAAGGAAUUGCUCUAUCACCAGGUGCUACACGGUUUGCGUACCGAACGUUUUCCAAUCACCGAAAUGGAGGCUAUUAUGUUAACUGCUCUACAAGGACAACUUGAGCUCGGUGACAGUUCCGACAUCGUGCAGGACUAUCGGCCCAUAGCGGCGCACUGUUUGCCGCCGCGCUUUGUGCCGAACAUACCGCGCGACAGCGUGGCCAUGCACCAUCAGAGUCUGCGCGGGACGACGCCGGCCGAGGCGAAGAAAUCCUUCCUGAAUCUCAUCCAGAGCUGGCCGCUGCACAAGGCCACCAUCUUCGACGUGAUGCAGUCGUUCACCUCCAACUGGCCCCGGAUGCUGUGGCUAGCGGUCGACCAGAAGGGUUUGCAUCUGCUCGAGCACCGUUCGCGCAACACGCUCUGCACGUACGACUACCAGUCGAUACUGUCGUUCUCGCCCAACAUGAACUGUCUGAUGAUCAUCACCGGCUCGGAUAAGAAACAGUCGAAGGUGAUUCUGACCACGGCGCAGGCCUUCCAAAUUGCUAACCUUAUCCGCGAGUACAUGGAAGUGCUGCAGCGCCAGCAAACGCACGUGGACGAUACGCAGAAGGAAAACCAAUCGGCCGGCGCUAAUCAACCGCCCGUGCCCCAAGUUCCACCGCACAACCAACCGCUGCCACCGCCCCAUCAGCAUCUUCCAGUGCAGCCACCAUCCGGCCAGGGUGGCCCAGCUGCAGCACCGGGCACUGAUCUACGAAAGGGCGGCCAAAGGCCACCCUCAAUGCUGCUGCGUCAGUCCAGUGCGGCGCUGGUCGCACCGCAACCUAGCUAGAUGGCAUCGAAACCCGCCAAACCCCAGGAACUACUCCUCCGCAGGCACUAAAGGCACUGACAGCAAAUAUCUGUAGCACUUCCAUGCAGACAGAGUCGAACAGGAAAUCAAACGAAAACGUAAUCAAAAACCAAUACAAAGGACGGUUUGAACUGGUACAGGCUCCCCUUGUACCCAGUGGUAUCGUCCGCUAAGCUAGUCCAAGCAGUUAUUAUUUCGACAGCGCUUCACACUUGCUGGGCAGAAUCGGGCGAGUUAGGGGGAGGUGGAGCAGGUCGGGCAGGAGCAUAUAGCAUGAUAACGAUAAACCAAAAACCAAACAAAAAUGCAAACCAUAUACAAACCCACAAUCGUUGCUUAUUGUUAAAACCUAGCCAAUAGGAGAUCUGAUUAACCACUCCUACUGGUCACGAGAUGAGAUGUUAGGGAAUUUAUUGCUAAAUGCGCGUUGUUUUGUUUGCAACUCAAGAACAAUAUCAUAAGAUUGAUUCAAAAGGGUAUGUGUGUGUGUUUGUGUGAGUGUUUGUGCGUGUUAGUGAGGUUUCGCUUACAGCACACAACGUGUCUAACUAUUGAAGGAAACCACAGUAACAGUACCAAAAAACCCAAACUGCACCGUAAUGCCGUAAGUGCAUCGUGCGUGCAACGAUUUCUUCUUUCACUGCCCUUUUGUCACGAUACAGAGAAGACCCCGGGAAUAGUUUUUUUCCUCCCCUUUUGUAUUAACUUCUUUGCGAAUAGAGUAUGUAUUACGUUGUGAUUUAGGCUAUAUUGUAUUAUAUAUCUAUGUAACUUUUUCUACACCAUCAUGAUCAUUUUGGAUGGGUAUCUUCUUCAUCCCCAAAGCUCCCAAUCCUUGCCGGGGAUUUUUUUUUUAAAUACCGGCAAGUGCGUAUGGUGAAUGAUUGUAUGCAUGUGUGUGUGUGUUUGUGUGCGUUUUAAUGACGAAACAACAUACCCUCAAAAGAAAACUGUGGGACUCAGGCCAUUAUUUACAGAUAUGUGCGUUCGUAUUUCAUGCGCUCGUUUGUGUGUGUGUGUGUCUCUUUACGACACACGACACAUGUUUGAAAUGCACGCUCUUUUCUAAUCUCUUUACUACUUUCCACGCACUACGACGACGCAAGUAACCACGUGCACCAGUGCGCUUCUGAGGAGUCACGUUUUAGUGCUAAGCUUUAUGUAGAUACACACCACGACCGUAACGAAUGGGUACGCUAUUUAGUGCAAAUGCUAUUUAAUAUUAGUUUCAUCACUUUACCGCUUCAUUACUCGCAUUUAGAACUAUUUUAUUAACAAACCCAUGUUUGGCUUUUAACGAUAACGAAAUUAGGUUCCCCCCUUUCCCCCUUAUUAACAGCUAAAGACUAAGGACGUUCUGCAGCAAAUGUAGCUAAGGUAAAUUGUACAAAACAAACAAAAAAACAUAAAGAGUGAAUAUCGAAAAUGUAGGAAAACAAUCUUAAAGUUAGCAAAUGUUAACGACACAAGACAGGACCGAGAGACAGAAACAGAGAGAGAGAGAGCGAGAGAGAGAAAAGGAAAUGUUAUAGAAAGAAACAUUGUAGUCGAUUGAAGAUUGAAGUUCACCAAACACGCUGAAUAGAGAGAACCCUCAUCCUCCUUAGAUGAACGCCCUUUCCUCUAGCGAAGGAUAAAGUUCUUUACUGUAGUUUCCUCUCCCCUAACGCCUUCUGGAUGGUGUGGAUCCGGCGUAUAAUCUUUAGAAUAACCCAAGACCCGAUCUGAUUUUAUGUUGGUUUGAAGGACUCUUAACUAUGAUGCUGUACAAUGGAAUUCGUUUCGCAGGCAAACUAUUGCUAAAAGCGAUUUGUGUAGCACAAAUAAUCAACUUCACUAGUCACAGGCGUACGGUUGAAUUAGUUUCAAUUAUUUUAAAAAGCCUUUUCACUUUAGCCUUCACUUUAUUGCAUGUUAUUUUUAUGUUCAACGAAUGAUGGUUUAGAAUGGAAUGGAAUAGAGAGAACGGGCAAGGUGCUUAUGGUUCUGUGUAAGCUGAAACAUUUCUCAAAAAAAACCCUGGCAAAAUUUUAACUUUGGACUCUUAUUUUUUAACUCUUUUUUUAUUAUAUUCCUAUCAUUUUCACUCGUACGUGUGAAUGGGUGUAAGUGCGCGUUUUUUUCAACUACACCUUACAGAAUACAGAAACCCCAUUCUAGUUUGAAAAAAAAACCCUGACAAAUAGAACGAUAAGCAAGGAGAGCGUUUGCUGCUAGGUGUUAGCAUUCUCUCGUUCGAACAGGAGUGCCACGAAGAUGAGAUAUUCAAACCCUUACAAAAUAUCAAAUAAAUAAGCCCGGUCACCAGGCACAGCUGUAUCUAACACAGCGGCACUGGUGGCCGUAUAAUGUUAUCCGAUCAUUAUUACACAAAAUAGAAAUAAAACACUAUAUUGGUAAUCGUUCCGUAUACAACAACAACAAAAAAGCAAACAAACAAAUAAAGCGAAAAGCACGUGCGCUGGAACAAUACCCAAAGGUCUGAAAUCUGAAAAGCUUUCCCCAUUUUUUGAAGAAUUCAUGUUUUGUUGUUGUUGGGGAAAGUGAAAAACAACAAUCCAAAACUAAACCAGUAAUACAACUAUUGAGGAAAAUGUA